AUGCUCACCGCUCGCGCCGCUGGUGUGCUGCGAACCACCGGCUCGCCGAGGGGCCCGGCGCACCUGCUGCACGCGCGCUGCAAGACGAGCACCGGGAUCGUCGGGCUGCCCGUCCAGCCCGAGGCGAAGGCCAUCCUCGAGGGCCUCUACACCAAAACGCUCUCCGCGCUCGAGGCGUUUCCGGCGUCGGCCGAGUACGCAAAGGUGGUGGGGGGCAUCGCCAAGGAGCGGCUCGCGGUGGUCAAGUCGGCCGCAUCACUUCCUGAGAUUGAGGCCAAGAUUGGCGCCGGGCAAGUCGAGCAGCUGAUUGAGCAGGCGGAGGACGAGCUGAGGCUCCUCCCGGUGAUGCUGGAGGAGCGCGUGUGGGAGGCGUAUCAGGGCGCCCCUGCCGACGACCUCUACCUCGACCUGAAGCGGCGCGGCAUCACGCUGCAGCGCUUCGACAUCCCCAUGCGACCAUCGCAGGAGAGAGAGAGAGAGAGAGAGAGAGAGAGAGAGAGGGAGAGGGGAGGGGGGAGAGGGAGAGGGAGAGAGGGAGAGAGGGAGGGAGGCCACACGGACCUCACCACAGACCUCCACCCGGAUGGUGCGCCGUGCAUGCGCCUGUGCAACGCGCCACGUCGCCACGCUGCGGCCCGCGCGCGACCGCCUAUUCUGCCGGGUGUUGAUCUCACACUCGCCUCGCGCGGCCACGGGAGAGAGUCGGUCGCGCCAGCUAUUUCGUUGCACGUUGGAGACUGCU